CGAUUUCAAUCAAUCAUGUCGUGUCACGUUGACCUACAUACAUGUGUAUGCGUUGCCGAACCGUCGAAACCGCUAUUCAUCACUGAUCAUGGUUUCGCGAUACUCGCCAACCAAAUGCCAGGGAGCCUCGUGUACCUGUUGCCACCGGUGGGCAGCGGCGUGCUGUCCGCGGCGCAGGACCGCUUCGGGCACAGGGCGUGCAUGAUGUUCUCGAACGGGGCGCAGCUGCUGUCCGUGGUCGCGCUGCACCGCGCCGACAGCCCGGCCGCGUUGUACGCGUGCACCGCGCUUACCGGCUUCAACGUAGGUUUCGCGACCGGCUUCACCAUAUCGUACUGCGGCGAGGUGUGCGAGCCCAAGCUCCGGGGAACGCUGACCUCCAUCACCAACCUGUUCUAUUUCGGCGGCUACUUGUGCGUGACCGCGCUGUUCGCCGUCACGGCCGACUGGAAGCUGUCCGUGAUCAUGACCGUGGUCGUACCGGUCUUCAACGCCGUUCUACUGCACCAGACUCCCGAUUCUCCGAUGUGGUUACUGUCGAAAGGCGAAGUGGACAAGGCGAAGAGCACGCUCAAGAGGCUCAGGGGAGGCGCGAGCGAUGAAAAGUGUGACGCGGAAUUUCAAGACAUGGUUCGUUAUGCGUCCGAAAUGAAACCUGACGGUCAUCAAAAAGAAGAAACCGCACAAAACCCGUUUAAUGCAAUUAAAGACUCGCUGAACCGUUUUACGGAACCCGAAACGCUGAAACCAUUGAUAUUGCUCAUGGUUUUGAUAUUUUUCAUCAACAUUUUGUCCGGUAUACCGUACACCCCGUAUUUGUUAUCCGUGUUCGAGAAAUUCGAAGUGCCUUUAAGCCCGGCUUGGGCGACGACAAUCAACAUGGGUGCCGGAGUGGCUGGUAACGUGCUGACGAUAUUUUUAAUAAACCGCGUUGGCAAAAGAUUUCUAGCGCUGAGCACGAUGGCCACCUGCUCGAUUUGUUACCUUUCCAUCGGAUUCGUCGGAUAUUUUUCGCCUUCGUCGUGUCUGGUAUACUCGUGGAUGAAAAUCGUAAUGUUCUUCGUGUCUACGUUUUUCUCGUCAAUGGGCAUCAUGCCCAUAGCGUGGAUUCUAAUGGGCGAAUUGUUUCCAAUGAAGAGUAAAAACUUCGGAGCUGGCUUUAGUUCGACGACAUACUUCAUCUUCAGUUUCCUGAUGACCAAGUUCUAUUUAGAUCUCGAGGCGGUGACCGGUUUCUACAACACGUUUGUUUUGUUCGGCACCCUAGGCCUUGUCGGCCUGACGUACAUGUAUUUCCAGUUGCCGGAAACGGAGAACAAGUCACUGAACGAGAUUUCGGAACAUUUCAGAAUUAAAAGUAUGAAAACUGAAAAUCAAAAAUCGCUUGUGUUUCAUUUAGAAGUACACGAUAAAAAAAUACUCGAGAAUAGUAAAAGAUUAUUCAAAAGUUCACCUUUUUUUGAAGUUCAUCUUAAGACUUGGGAUUGCAUUCUCGGUACAUGUCAAAAAAUGCAAAAGAAACAAGGAAUGGAUUUUUCCUACGGACUAAAAUCUACAUUAGCACAAUGUUUGGUGUUGACGACAACGUAUUUUCUAAACGCCCAGCAAGGAAUAAACAUAGCUAUGCCGAUGACGAUCAUCGGGGCUUUUCAGAAAUCAAAUAGCAACCAGUCAUAUGAUACCGAAAUCCAACUUACAGAAGAACAGUUGUCGUGGAUCGGGAGUCUGGUGUACCUGUCGCCGCCCCUCGGCAGCUUGUUUCUGUCGCUGGUGCUGGCGCGGCUGGGCCACCGGGUGUGCAUGGCGCUGACCAACGUCGUGCAGUUCUCGUCCGUGCUGAUCGUGGUGCUGUUCCCAGUCUCGGUGAACACCCUGUACAUGUGCUCGUUCCUGAUGGGUCUGAGCACGGGUUGCGCCACCGGUCUGUGCAUAUCGUACAGCGGCGAGGUGUGCGAGCCCAAGCUCAGGGGCUCACUGACGUCCGCCCUGAACGUGUUCUACUUCGCCGGGACCUUCUUCGUGUCCACCGCGUACGCAAUCACCGACAGCUGGAAGAAAUCGCUGAUCUGCAGCAUCGUGUUCCCGUUGAUCAACGUCGUGGCACUGUCACUGACACCGGACUCGCCCAUGUGGCUGUUGUCAAGGGGCAAGGUGGAAAAGGCGAGAAAGGUUUUGAGAAAGAUCCGGGGAUGCGCGAGCGAAGAGAAAUGUGCCUUGGAGUUCCAAGAGAUAAUCCAAUACGUGUCGAAAUCCACAAAAUCAGAAGAAGCAAAGCAAGCGUCUUCGUUUAGAGACCGUUUUUCACACCCGGAACUGUGGAAACCGCUGAGGCUGGCUAUAAUCUACUUGUUCUUCUCGAACGUGCUGUCCGGCGUGCCGUACUCGCAAUACCUGUUAAAAGUGACGGGAACAAUCAAGGACGACACCCCGAUAACGGCCGAGUGGGCAGUGUCCGUGUACACGGCGUGCAGCGUCGCCGGAAACAUAUUCACCAUACUGCUGGUGAACUGCCUGGGGAAGAGGCGCCUGCUGCUGUCGACCAUAGGGAUUUGUUCGCUGUCCUUCCUGCUCAUCGGAGUCAUCGGACUGUUUUUCGACGUUUCCUACUACGCGUCCUGGACCAAACUGAUCCUGUUCUUCUUGACGAUGAUCUCCUCGUCGAUGGGCAUAAUGCCGAUCGGAUGGAUUCUCAUUAGCGAAAUAUUCCCGAUGAAGAGUAAGAAUCUGGGUUGCAGCAUCUGCUCCGCGGUGUACUUCCUACUGUGCUUCGCCAUGACCAAGUACUACGAGGACUUCGAAGCGUUGGUGGGCUUCUACUACAUGUUCGUGUGGUUCGGCGUCACGGGAUUCGUCAGCCUCGUGUACUUCUACCUGUGCGUGCCCGAGACCGAGAACAAGACGCUCAAGGAAAUCGCCGACCAGUUCAGACUCGAAUCGGCGUAGUGGUCUCCCGUCCGUUAGUUUUCCGUCGAUUCCGUCGCGCAAACGUUCCGUCCCCGUACGACGUGCGACCGCGUUGUCCCGUACGGGACGUCAGCGGCUCGUGCGCGCGGCCACAACGCGGCCGGGACCAGUCGCGCACGUGCUCGUCGAACGGCGUUCGACCGGCCGCAAAAGGCGCGACCCGUUUUUAUUGUACAAAUCGAAUAGACUGACUUUUCACUGGAGACCGACGUGUACCUUCGAAACGUGAAAAUAUAAUUUUCUGUAUAUAGACUGUCCGAUAAAUCUCUGUACACAUGCGUUUAUGUAUAUUAUUAUUAUUAUUAUAUUAUUGUAUGUAUUUCA